CAGAACUGUAUUACUCUUUUUAGUUUAGGCUUGAGUGAACUUUUUAGCACGAUAGGAAAUUUCCUAAACUGGAUUUUGUGAUGGUUGCACACAUCUAUGUAUUUGUUUAAAAUCAUCCAAUCAUAUACUGACAGUGGCUGAAUUUCAUUGUAUGUAAAUUAGACCUCACUAAUGCUAAGAGGAAAAAAAAAAUCAAAUUUCUGCCCUACCUCCUCAUGAAUAUUGGGCAAGCUCUUCAAAUACCAGAAAGGGUUAUUAGAAAAUAUGAUUUACUUCAAAAGUUCUCCCUGAAUAUUUUUUUCUGCACAGGAUAAGUCUUUAGCAUGCCAAAAAAUUUGCCAGCAUUUUUCUUUAAAUUAUACUAUUAAAUUAUUAGUACAAUUUUUAAUCAAUAUUGUUUUGGGGAUCUUAAAUAAUUUAACUGUUAGGUAAUUGCAAGCUACUACAUUAAAUCAAAUAUCAACAUAUUAAGGAGUGUCAUUGAGAAUUCACAUAUUUAAGCUAAUGCCAAAGGCAGUUAGGUAUAUAUCACGAUAUAACAACUCUAAAAGGGAUUGAGUUCCAAUCCCCUGACUUUACAAGUUUAUCAGAAGAAAUCUUUGAAAGAACCAAAUAUGAUAUUAAGUUCAAUAUGUGGUGGGAAGUUGAGAAAUUAUGUGUUAUCUUUGUCACGGGAAACAAACGUGAAAAAAAGAAACAUUUCCUUUGAGGUUUUCACCAAUAGAUGAAACUGUGAACUUUUCUAUGUGCCCUGAGUGGACCAUUUGAGGACCAUCUCUGAUUAGCAGCAGACUUAUUAUUCUUUCCUUAUUACAUAUUAAAAAAACCACAAACAUACCCUUAUAUACACACACAUUCACUCACAUUUGAAGAUGCAAGAUGAAGAAAGGUACAUGACGUUGAAGGUACAGUUCAAAAAAAGGAAUUCUGUCCGAACAUCCCAACUUAAACAUCAAGAUUGUUCUGUGAUGUUGCACUGGUAUAAAAUCUUAUUGGGGAUAUCUGGAACAGUAAAUGCUAUUCUGGUUUUGACUUUGGUCACCCUGAUUCUGUUAGUUUCUCAGGAAGUGUUGCUAAAAUGCCAAAAUGGAGAUAAUUUAAAUAUCACCCAGCAUGAUGACAUUGGAAAUGGGGAAGUGAAUGGUGACACAAGAGCAAAAAUAAGUCAUAAGGAUGCAAGCCACUGUGUUUCAGGAACUACAGACCAUAAAGGCAUGUGCCCAUCAGAAUGGCUCAAAUAUCAAGAGAAGUGUUACUGGUUCUCUAAUGAAAUGAAAAGUUGGAGUGACAGUCAUGGAUAUUGUUUGAGAAGAAAAUCUCAUCUACUAAUUAUUCAGGACCAACUUGAAAUGGCUUUUAUACAGAAAGCCGUAAAACAAUCAAACUAUGUGUGGAUUGGACUUAACUUUACCUUCCAGAAGAGGACAUGGACCUGGGUGGAUGGUUCUCCAUUGGAUUCAAAUAUAUUCCUCAUAAAAGGACCAGCUAAAGAAAAUAGCUGUGCUACCAUCAAAGAAAAUAGAAUUUACUCUGAAACCUGCAGCAGUGUUUUCAAAUGGAUCUGCCAAUAUUAACACUUUUAAAGUGACAGUGGAAUAAUCAAUGAUCAAAAUUUUUGUCUAACAUUAAUCUUCAGGAGUAAGAAUUGAAAACUGCAAUUAAACGCCAACAUCUCUUUUUUCCUUCCAUCAUCUUCUUUAGUCCUAGGCACAGAGCAACCCAUGUUAAUAAUUUAAAAUAUAUCUUGCUGUAUAGCACACGAAACUAUACCUAGUCACUUACAGUGGAAUAUGAUAGAGGAUAACAUGAGAAGAAGAAUAUAUAUAUAUAUAUAUAUAAUAUAUAUAUUUGUAGUAUAGCAGAAAUUUAUAGAACAUUGUAAAUCAACUCUAACAAAUAAAUUAAAAAUAAAUAAAUAAUACAUAUUUUCCAAUUUUCUUUCUGAUAAUGUAAUCCACUGUAAGCCCAUGCAUUCACAUUCAUGAUUUAAUUCACUUUUUCUUUUACAACAAAUGUGAUGAAAUUAUGUCUUCUUCUCUGCAUUUUGCUUUUUAAAUCUUAACAAUAUCCUAUGCAAAUUUCAUAUAGUUUUAAGUUGCAUUAUAGUGUGGAUUUAUGCAUUUUAUACAUUUUUUUGCUCCCUUAUUUAUGAGCAUUAACUCUGUUUCCAGGUUUUUGCUACCAAACUAUGCUGCAGCUAACAUUCUGAAUAUCUUAUUAAAUAGUAGCACUUUUAUUUCUAUGAUGUACACUUUAAAACUGAAUUAAAAAGUGUUAAAUA